UCAUCGACCGAAAUAAACCGUCGUUGGCGAUCGAGCUCGGAGGUUUUGUCGUUUAUUUUUCAGGCAGCAGUUGUCACGUUUCUUGACUUGAUAGAGCCCCUGUGCGAACUCCAUUCCCAAGUACUCGCUUAACGCCCGAUCUUACUCGGAUGUCGGAGCAAAGACCGUCCGGCUAACUUUCCCGAGAAUCUGGCCGGCCGAAUCCGGCCUGGACGCGGCGCAGCCCUGGCUCUCAGUGGCAUUCAGGCAGAUGUGUCGUCUCGGCGGUGACGAGGAUGGCGCGGCAACGCCCAACGUCGACCGAGUUAUACAUGGGUCGGGGUCCGGGGCCGCACAUUGACGACCCCGAUCUCCUUCGACUCUCUGUCAUCGCCGCCCCUCGGCAUCCGUCUCGGACUUGGCAACAUCGCAGCAUGUCCCCUUCCUCCCCCGAAGAUGUCACGUCUGAAGCAUCAGCUGCCGCCGCUUCUUCCCCGGCCCACGAGCCGCUGGCCUGCGUAAGCUGCCGCUCCCGGAAGCUCAAGUGCGACCGCCAGAAACCAGUCUGUGCCCGGUGUGCAAAAUCCAAUGCCGAAUGUGUCUAUCCCGAGUCCCGGAGGAAACCCGCGUUCAAGCGGAGGAACGUCAGAGAGCUUGAAGAAAGGCUUGCCCAAGUGGAAGGCUUGCUCAAAUCCGUCGGCAAGCAACGGGCGAGCCAGUCUGGCCGGUCCGAUGGGGCCUGGACGGAGGGCUCGUCUCCAGGAUCUCGGCCUGACAGGCUCCAAGGCAGCCCCCGAGAGGGGGCGAUGCCCUGGAUCCCGCUGUCACCGAGAGAGACCCCUCGGGGCGGGGACCAUGCUCAGUCUCCUGGGGAGUUGCUAGGGCUUGGCCGGUUUGAGCGCCUGCCGCCCUUCGAGAUGAUCGAGGAGCUCCACACCGUAUUCUUUCAAGCGCAGCAACUCUUUAUGCCCAUCAUAAACCCGGGCAACUACUUGCGGGCGUUUCACUCACCGCCCCAUAUGCGCCCUCCCAUGUCCCUUCAGUAUGCCAUCUGGACAGCCGCUGCCAAUGGACACCCAAAGUACGGCUGCUACCAUGAUGCGCUAUACCGUCGUGCCCGCCAGUAUCUGGAGGCUGACGAGCUGAAGGGGGCUGGAGAACACUUCAUCACCGUUGGGCACGCCCAAGCUUGGGCCCUUGUGGCGAGCGACGAAGCUCGAUGCCUGUUAUUUACCAGGGCAUCUAUGAGCUCUGCCCGCUGUGUCCGGCUGGCCGGCAUGAUGGGGCUUCACCGGCUCGACAGCACUCUCCCGGAGGAGGACGUGCCCAUGGCUCCCAUGAUCGCGCCGCCCCGAAACUGGGCCGAGCUGGAGGAGCGCAGGCGGCUGUUCUGGGGCGGUUUCUGCAUCGACAGCUACGCAAGCAUCAGCGCCGGUUGGCCGACGCUCAUCGAUGUGGACCAAAUUACCACACACUUACCCGCGUCGGAGGAUGCAUUCCAGAACGGCGUUGAAGAGAAGUCAGCGACACUCCAUGAUGCAUUUCGGGGCGCCAACUAUUCCAAUUUUGCUGCCAACGUGCUCGUCUGCCACAUCUUUGCCCGGCUGAUGAAACAUGCUCACAGACCGCUGCCGGAUGACCACCCAGAGGAUCCAGAGAAUGGGGCCUUCUGGAAGCGUCACAGGGAGCUUGACAAUAUGCUGUCCAGCACCUUCAUGUUUCUGCCUGAGCGCUUCCGGCUCCGGAGCAACAGGCGCGACCCAGUUGCUGUGCAGACGAAUUUGAAUCUGCACGCCGCUGUCAUCUGCCUCCAUCAUGCCGCCCGAGACAAGGCCGACAAGUUCAAGCUGGCGGGAAUCCGGCAAUCGAGCAGGACCAGAGCGUUGACUGCUGCCCAGGAGAUCGUUGAUAUCAUGAAAGCGACUGGCCACAUCAAGAGUGGACACAAGGGUCCCCUUAUGGCUCUCUCGCUCUAUCUUGCCGCGACAGUGUACACAGCGCAGGCCAAAGAAAACCCGGACGACUUCAACAGAGCCAAUCUCGAACUCCUCGUCAAGUGGAUGAAUAUUGUUGGACAUCACCACAUAAUCACACGCUCGUACCUCAAUCAGAUACUGGUUGAUAUCGAGCGCAACGGUAUCUCUGUCACGGUGGAGGAGAGGCCGCCCAACUUCGAUCCCAACACCAGCGGCACUACAGCGUGCGGUCACGGCAUUCCCCUAAAUGCGGCUGGUCCCUCUACAUGGUCCUUCGGGCAAGGACAGACCUUUGUGGAUCCGGCACCGGAUCUAUUCGAGUACACCGGCUCUGGUUGGUCAUACACGACGAAAUACAUGACCAACCCGGUGACGACGACGACGCUGCCCCACCGGACUGGUUCCCCGGCCAUCUUCAACCGGGGAGCGCAAAAUGGAGCUUCGAACGCUAUGCCCAACUUUUCCGGGUUCUCUGCGCCCGGCUCAACGGGAGCUGCAGGACCCUCAUCAUUUCCCCAGGUGCCGGCCGCCGGGCCGUCAACCUCCGGCCUCCCCGCGGCAUUCGGCAUGAACACAACCCCCACAACCAAUACUACCAACACCAACCUCAGUCCUGGAGAGCUCGGGGAUUUUGGAAUAUUCGAGAAUUUAGGGGAAUGGGGCCCGACAGACCUCGAGUCGCUUUACGCCAUGGUGCUGGACGUGUCCGGUGGCGACACGGGCACGUCCCAGGAGACCAUUGACCCGUGGGCAACAAUGAAUGAUGCCGGUGGAGGCGCAGGGUCUGGUUGA